UCAAAGUCUACAUAGGCUAGAUCAUGCUAAGAUAGUUAGAAAUAUAGGUCAGUUAAUUAAUGGAUUGCGUGCAUUCAUAUAACAGUAGAUUAAGACCCAGCGUCAAGAAAACGAAAUGAAAGGCGCAAUAAGUACAACAGCUGCAAACUGCUUUCGUUCCAUGUUCGAGUCAUAUCGUGCAGGCAGCCUAAACGACUUAAAGAGUCACGCUAGCAUUCCAUUUUAAAAGACUCGUGCUUGGCCGAACGCAGAAGAAGCGCACGCGACACGGCCUCUUUUGAUACGACACUGAUCGAGAAAAAAAAGAAAAAGCUUUCGCUGGGGACGGAGAAUUGCCGUAGUUGGGUUGAGUCCGUAGGCUGAAGCCCGUUGUGGCGAAAUUCAUCGGAUUCAAAUUGAUGGGCGCUCCGCAAGGGGCGGAGGUGGUCGGCAAUCGUUUGUAAUGCUGAAAUAUGAGCGAACGGAACUAAGGCGGAUGAAUAAGGCACGCGAAGUUGGCCCGUGUCUGCGUGGGGAGAAAAGUUAACCCCCAAGAAAAAAACAAACAAAAACAACAAAAAAACUGGGUUGCAUGGAAAGGGGUUUCCCAAAGUGAGAUAAAAACGUCCCGCACGCGGAACCGGGGAGAAGGGACGCGAACAACCCCAUGCUUACAUCAGUGGAGCCUACUGAAUGAAGAGUUAUUCUGUAAUUUCUCAAGGAAUAAAAAACUGAACCUGAUAAAGCAGUUUGUAACCACAAUACAAGACAUACUGAGGACAAAAUGAGAAUGAUUCAUUUCUAUCAAAAAUCGUGGAUUCUAUCGUGGACUGUUAUCAUAUAUGUUAUAGGUGGAGUUAAUUCACAGGAACGACAGGGCUACCUUAUCGCCGCUCCAUCUGUGUUUCGUUCUGGUGUGGAGGAGGUGGUGAGCGUCACGCUCUUCAAUGCCGCAGAUGAGACGCACGUGCAGGUGCACCUCAGCGUCAAGGGGGAUACGGUGGCAUGUGGCCACGGCACUGUCCGCGAUAAAGGAACUAUCAAAUUGAAGGUGCCGUCGGGUGUACGGGGCCAGGCCCUUCUUACGGUGUGGGGCAAUCGGCACCUCGCCCACGGCGGCUACGUCUUCCGCAACCACACCACGGUGACGGUGGACAGCAAGGGUGUGGCAGUCUUCAUCCAAACUGACAAGCCCAUCUACAAACCCCGGCACAGAGUCCUCAUCAAUGUGUACACCAUCAUGCCAGACCUGAGACCUGCAAGCAACAAGAUUGAAGCCUACGUGGUGGACCCCAGAGGUUCCCGCAUGGUCCAAUGGAAAGAUCUCAAGCCUGUUUGUUGUGGGGUCGUGAACGUAAGUUUCCCCCUGUCAGACCAGCCGGUCUUCGGCGAAUGGCUCGUCUUCGUCGAGGUACAGAGCCACACCUACAACAAGUCCUUUGAGGUCCAGAAGUAUAUGACACCAAAGUUUGAGCUGAUUGUAGAGCCUCCACCAUUCAUACGAGACUUUGACACGUGUGAACAGGUCACGGUAAAGGCCAGGUACACAUUCGGGAAGCCAGUGACAGGAAAGCUAACGGUAAACAUGACGGUACACGGGGUUGGUUACUACAGGCAUGAAGUGGGCCAUCCUGUGCUUAAGACGACAGAGAUCAAAGGGGCGGCCACCUUCAGUCUCUGUGUGAAGGGCAUGAUGCCUGUGGAUGUGACGGAUCACUUCAGAGGCAAGGUGAACAUGUGGGUGUCGGUCAGUAGCGUGGACGGAGGUCAGCAGACCAUGUUCGAUGACUCCACACCAGUGCACAAGCAGCUCAUUGACAUCAAAUACUCCAAGGACACACGCAAGCAGUUCAAGCCUGGGCUUCCCUAUAAAGGAAAGGUCGAAGUGAUGUACCCAGAUGGGAGCCCUGCGGACGGAGUCGUGGUCCGCGUGAAGGCCGAGCUCACGCCACGCGACAACGUCUACACCAGCGAGCUGACUUCCAGGAACGGGGCGGUGGCCUUCGAGAUCCCGGCCAUCCCCACCACCGCACAGUACGCCUGGCUGGAGACCAAGGUGAUAGCCAUUGAUGGCAAACCUGCAGGGGACCAAUAUCUGCCCAGCUACCUGUCUAUCAGCAGCUGGUAUUCUCCCAGCAAGUGCCACAUCCAGCUGCAGAGCCCUGCUGGCCCACUCACAGUCGGCCAGGAGGCGGAGCUCUUGCUGAAGUCCACGUGCCCGUGCAACUUCACCCUGCACUAUGAGAUCACCUCCCGCGGAAACAUUGUACAGUCAGGGCACAGGCCCCCCAGCAGCACAGCCGAGCGAGCUAAGAGAUCAGCGGUCACCUUUGAUACAAACAUCCACACCACGCCUAACCCAGCACCGGAUUCCGGGGCAUCGGCUGCGGAGAAGUCGGACAGCUGCGUGUCUGCGCUGCGCUUCCCCGUGCUCGCUGCCAUGGCGCCUCUCAGCCGCAUGCUGGUCUACUACGUGCGCGAGGAUGGAGAGGGCGUGACGGACAGCCUGCACGUCCCUGCGCUGCCCCGCUUCGAGAACCGGGUGUCUGUCUCUGUAUCCACCAAUGAGUCUGUGCCCGGAGGCCCCGUCAGCCUGCGUGUCAAAGGGGAGAAGGGCUCGUGUGUGUGCGUGGCCACCGUGGACAAGAGCAUGUACCUUCUCAAGCCCGGCUUCCGGCUCACUGCCGAGAAGGUGUUCAGGGAGCUCGCUGACUUCGACGUGGCUGACACUUUUGGGGUGCCCAAAGAUGAUGGGCAUUUUUGGUGGCCUGGCUUGUCGUCACGGCGACGCCGCUCCUCCGUGUUCCCGUGGCACUGGGACAUCACGAAGGAUGCACGCUUUGCAUUCACGGAGACAGGCUUAUUGGUCAUGACAGACAUGGUCCAGCUGAACCACAGGCAGACGGGAGGUGUGUACACAGACGAGAACGUGCCCGCCUUCCAGCCGCACACUGCCGCCCAGGCCGCCGCCCACUACCGCACACCACCUCGGGCAGCGAUGCACAGACGCACGUUUUUCCCCGAGACGUGGAUAUGGCACUGCCUCAAUGUCAGCGACAUAAACGGAGAGGCUGAGCUGCAGUUGGAUGUCCCAGACUCCAUUACUACCUGGGUGACGGAGGCAGUCGGUCUGUCAGAGGAGACGGGACUGGGCCUGGCAGAGGCAGCGGAGCUCCGCACAUUCAAGCCUUUUUUCAUCGACUUCACCCUGCCGUACAGUAUGAUCCGUGGAGAACAGACCAAAGUCCCUCUAACUGUCUACAACUACCUGACAGCCUGUGCAGAGGUUCACGUGAAGGUGUCCGUGCCCAAGGGUGUCAAGUUCGUGGGUCAUCCGGGGAAGCACCAUCUGACCCGCAAGAAGUGUGUCGCCCCCGGCGAGGCGGCCCCCACCUUCAUAGUGCUGUCCUUUAUGGAACUUGUCACUGCAAACAUCACAGCUCGUGCAGUUGCAUACAGUGAGCCCAGCUGCUGCUCAGACACACAACUUGGCAGAGCCAGCAAGGCGGGCGAUGAGCUGGUGGACCACAGGAGCCCUGUGGGUGUCGACUAUGUACGCCGGAGUGUGCUGGUAGAGCCUGAAGGUCUUCCGAGAGAGUACACCUACAGUGUUUUCUUCUGUCCCAAUGAACGAAUCCACAUUUCCACGCCAAACAAGUAUGAAUACCAGUAUCUGAAGAAGCCAUCCAAGGUCACACACAUUCAAGUAGCGGUGAAGAGCCACAAUGAUGCCCACAUCGCCUUAUCACCCAGUGCCCAUGACAGCACUGAGAUGGUGGAGGUUGUUCUGGGAGGCAGGCAGAACUCCCGCUCCUGGAUCUCAGUGGGGAAGAUGAGCGAACCCGUGGCCAGUGUGCCCACGCCAAGCCUCCUUUCCUGGGAUGAAUUCCGCAGCUUUUGGAUCAACUGGAGGGGAGAAGGCGUGCAGGUGGGUUAUGGCUCCGAGCCAUCCAGUGAUUCACUGAUCCUGCAGUGGGCGGGCCCCCUCCUAGCGCAGGUGCGGUACAUUGGUUUCUCCACUGGCUGGGGAUCAGUGGGGGAAUUCAAAAUAUGGCGCAAAGAAGAUGCAGACGAAAACCACAAUGAGGCGUUUACACUGGGGGUUCCUCACAACGCCGUGCCAGGUUCGGAGAGGGCUACUGCCUCCAUGAUUGGUGAUGUCAUGGGCCCUACUCUCAAUAACCUGGACAAACUUCUCCGGUUGCCCUUUGGGUGUGGGGAGCAGAACAUGAUCCAUUUUGCCCCAAAUGUCUUUGUGCUCAAGUAUCUGCAGAAAACACGUCAGCUCACCCCAGAGGUGGAAGCAGAGGCAACAGACUACCUACUGCAGGGAUACCAAAGACAGCUGACAUAUAAGAGGCAAGAUGGAUCCUAUAGUGCCUUCGGAGAGAGAGACUCUUCUGGAAGCAUGUGGUUGACUGCAUUCGUGCUCAAGUCGUUUGCCCAAUCUCGUGGCUUCAUCUUCAUUGACCCAGACGAACUUCAGGCAGCAAAAGCCUGGCUUAUCGGCCACCAGAGAGAUGAAGGCUCCUUCCCAGCUAUGGGAAGGAUACUCAACAAAGACCUGCAGGGUGGCAUCCAUGGAAAGAUCUCACUGACUGCCUAUGUGGUGGCAGCUCUCUUGGAAACUGGGAUUACAACUGAGGAGGAGAAGCUAUCUGUGGCUAAAGCGAAGGCCUUCCUGGAGAGUAACACGUACUCUGCUGAUGAGCCAUACACCACAGCACUCUCGGCCUACGCUCUUGCGCUGCUGCGAAGCCCGUAUGCACCACUGGCUUUGCGACGUCUCAACCACAUGGCCAUCACUCAGGAUGGCUUCACUCACUGGAGUCUUACUGGAAGUACUGUGGCUGAUGAGGAUUCCUUCAUGGGCUUCAAUGAUGGCCUCUCGCAGUCAGUGGUGUCAGCAGAGGUGGAGAUGACAGCCUAUGGUCUGCUCACCUACACCCUACUGGGUGACGUGGCCUCCGCCCUGUCUGUUGAAUGGUUGUCCCAGCAGAGGAAUGCACUGGGUGGCUUCUCUUCCACGCAGGAUACAUGUGUGGCCCUGCAAGCACUAUCUGAAUAUGCCGUCUUGUCCUACGUGGGAGGUGUGAACCUGACCAUCUCUUUGGCCUCCACAAAUCUGGACUUCCAAGAGACCUUUGAGCUUCAGCGGGAUAAUAAGAAGAUUUUACAGAAAGCUGUGAUACCCAGCAUUCCGACUGGGCUGUUUGUGAGUGCCAAGGGAGAGGGUUGCUGCUUGAUGCAGAUUGAUGUGUCCUAUAACGUGCCUGACCCCGUAUCUAAGCCAGCCUUCCAGCUAAGGGUGGAGCUGAAGGAGUCCAGGCAGGAGCACCAUGCUCCUCUCUCCUCCUCACGGCACUUCUCGGCUGGCUCGCGCUCCCGUGCUGACAACCGCUCAGAGCCAAGCCGCCGGCGCAGGGCGGUGGCCGACGACGAGGACCCUGCGGGGCACCAGGACCGCCUGGACUACCGCCUCACCCUGGAGGCCUGCACAAGGUGGCUCCAUCCUGGUUCGUCCAACAUGGCUGUCCUGGAGGUCCCUCUGCUGUCGGGCUUCCGUGCUAAUGUCGAGAGCUUGGAAAGGCUGCUGCUGGACAAGCGUGCGGGGCUGAAGAGGUACGAGAUGGACGGACGCAAAGUCCUGUUCUACUUUGACGAGAUCCCCAGUCAGUGCAUGACGUGUGUGGCCUUCCAGGCCAUGAGGGAGUUUGUUGUUGGGAAGACAGCACCUGUGCCGGUCAAGGUCUACGACUACUAUGAGCCAGCAUUUGAGGCCACCCGUUUCUACAACGUGAGCGAGAGCAGUCCGCUGGCGAGGGAGCUGUGCGGUGGCACGUCAUGUAAUGAAGUGGAGAGCUCCAGUAACCAAUGGACGGGCUUCGUGCAGGGCAGCCAGCGUAACGACGUGUUUGGCUGUCCGGAGGAGGAGCAGUUCGAGCAGUGCACGUGCUACCGGGACUGCGGCUACGACGGCGAGCCCGUGUGCGGCUCAGACGGCCAGCUCUACCAGAACCAGUGCCAGCUGGAGGUCUCCGCCUGCAGGAACGGCACCCGCAUCGAGCAGGUGUCGCUCAGCCAGUGCCUUCAGAUGGGGAUGGUUGAAGAAGGAGAGGCAGCUACAGGAGAGGAGCCAGAGCAGAACGCAGACCCCAUACUCCUCCAUACAGGUGAGGCAGAACCGGGGGAGGUGUCGUACUACUCCUACGACUACGACCCUGACACGGAGCCUUUCCCCCCAGAGGAGAGGGAGGGGGUCACCACCCCACUUGGCCCCCUCGACGGAUACCCCCUCGUGGUUGAUAGGAAGGACUCACCUGAGCGAUGAGGCCUUUCCCAGGCUGCGGUGAAGUGAGCGCAGAUUGUACAUUCCCUGUGAAUAUGUUUGUGUGAAAGAAGAGCGUGAAGAAAAGGGCUUGCUUACCCAAGUCUGUUGAAACAAGAAGACAGCACUGUCUUGGCAGUUUGUGUGUGUAUGUGUGCGUUUGUGUGUGUGUGUGUGUGCGCGCGUGUGCGUUUGGAAGAGAACUAGCCACCUCUAUUCUUAUAUGCCCUUCUCUCUCUACUUCAUAUUAUCUGUCUCCACCUUGUGUGGAGAUGUUGUCGUAGCUCUUUAUAUGGCAUUUAUUGAUAUUAUGUUGUCCCCUUGUAAUCUUAUUGUAAUCUCGUCUAAAUAGUCCAGUAUUUAUGACUGCAAGUUCGACCGAGUUAAAAACAAAUGCUAUUUUAUUGUUUUGUUUCUGUCUGUGGUAUUUAUUUGUACCUCUAGUGCCUUAGUCUGCCCUGUUGUUUUUCAUCCUCUUCCUCACCUCUGGUCCGUUGCUCUGCCCGACUACAACAGGCGUCUAGCCACGCAGGGCCCGCGUUGUAACGUGGAACAUCGAGGCGCAUGACUACUAUCAUACAGUAUCCAUUAUUCUCCUCUGCCUCUUUACCAAAGGACAUGGCGGCUUUUUUGGACAUCAAUGAGAGAGCGGCUGGAAUGACUAACCACAAAAUAAGCACCGUUAGAAAGCUCCCACCCUGGCAGCUGAUACCUGUUUUUAUACGACCUGGGUCGUUCCAUCAAUAACAGUUCCUACAUUGUCAUACAGGCAGGGAUUAGAUUAUAUGUUGAAUAAACUGUUUAAAAUUCAAUAACCGUUACUAUGUUGUCGUGCAGACGGAGAUUAGUUUAUACAGUGCAUAAGCUGUUUCAAAUUCAAUGCCACGAACAGCUGGACUAAAAUCAGCUAUGAAGUUUUGAGGAAAAAAAAUUGCUUUAAAUUGACUAAAUUUGAAUCAGAUGUAACCCCAAUGAUGUCAGGUACAUUCUGUGUUUGGAAAAGAUGAAGAUGGAAAUAAACAUCAUACACAAAGUU